UUGUCCAUGCUUUUGUGUUAAUCCACAUUGACUAAAAUAAGAGCAUAGAGUUUUUGACUGCAUCAAAUUAUAGGCUUUUAAUGCUAAUUGUUUCAUUUCUUUUUAUCUGUAUCAUGAGACAUUGAACGACAAACAGCUUUCAUUUCUAUAAAGAAACUGUUCAACAUGGUGAAAGUUCUGAUCUGUUAUUCUAACGUGUUCAUGUAGAAUCCGGUAUACAAUGGAAUAUCCCGAAUUGCCGUAGAAGUGUUUUUCUCUGAUUGUUGUAUUUUUUCUUUACCAUUAUUUCGCGAAUAAAAAAAACAAAAAAACUGAAUGCGCUUAUUUUAGUCAAUGUGGAUUAACACAAAAGCAUGGACAAACGUUGUGAAACAGGGACAUAAAAAGAGUAUGAAGUACGAAUUUCAAAUAUUGUAAAAACAUAUUGAAAAUUUGCUGUAAUUGAAAUAAAAAUAUAAUUGAAAAGUGAUGAAUUUGUUUUGCAAAAUAUUGUAUAUUUAUUUUAUUGAAUCCACCAAAUGCUACUGUUUUUGUAGAUAUCUCAGUGAAGGUAACAAGCGUAAAAAACCCAGCGUCAGAACCUUAAUUUGGGUAUAACUAAAUCUUUCACUGAGUGAACAUUUUUCCAACGCAACAAAAGUGCACAAAACAAGAGACAAAUUUGUGUUAAUUUGCCCACCAAUGAAAAAAAGACUUGUCUACAGUCUACCUUCUAUUUUAACAAAUCUUAGUGCCAAAACCCACCAAGCAAAGUAAGUUCUUCUUAUUCAAUCAAAGUACUAAUGAGGAUUCUUCGAAAACACAAAUAGUUCUUAAAACAAAAAGCUAAACUUAGCUCUCAUUAACUAGUCAGUCUUGAGGAGAGAUGUUUUAAACUGAUAAUUGUGUGAGACUGGCAAAGAAAGCUCACCAAACGAUCAAACGCUUUUUUAUCAGAACAUACCUUAUUAUAGGUAAGUUUUUAUGCUGACUACGAUGGUAUUCAUUCGCCUCCAUAGUCCCUUUCUGAAUGAGCCUACGGCAACCGGGUCCCUAAAGAACAAUCAUGAGUUGUUAACCGGACACAUUCUGUUACUGCUACUUAUUGAAUUAUAGUAAUUGUAAAAAUUAUUUCUAUACUUAAUUAACUGUUUCGUUCUUUUAUUUCUUUAGAAAGAAAACAAAUUGAUAGCUUGAAGUCAACAUUGAAAUAUAAUGCUUUGCACGAUUUAAUAUCACACAGAGAUAUUUCAUUUGAUGGGCACCAUACUGACACAUCAUUAUUGUAUGUAAUUAAAACAAAUGAUUUAAAAUUAACGAAAUAUUUAAUAGAAUUAGGCAUAAAUGUCAAUUUUCUCUAUCAAAUACAAUUACAACCUGGUUCAUCAGACUAUGUAUUACAAAUUUCUCUCUUAAAAACAGCUGUCGACGAACGUAAAUUUAAUAUAAUAAAACUAUUAUUAGACAAUAGUGCUGAUUUUAAUACGCUUGAUGUUCAAUUAUCAUACAGUUCGACUAGCAUUUAUGAUCACGAUCAUUGUGCGAAUAUAGUUCAUUUAUUCGUACAACACGGAGCAUACAUCAAUCAGCUCGAUAUACACCGAGAAAAUUCCAUUGGAUAUUUUACUAUAAUGAAAUAUCUUGCUAUGAACAUGUGGCCAUUAUUAGCUAACAGCGGUAGUAUGAAUACGCAUAGUUGUGGUCAUCGUACAUCAUUACGUUAG